AUGAAAUACGUUGGAAGAGGCGAUUGUGGAAACGCGCAGUACGUUCCUAGAAAAUCGACCGCGACUUCCCCGCAUAGCCCUAAGCAAGCGGAAUCGGGCUGUCGUGAGGGCACUAAACCCAAUGCUGGUGACCUAUUUGGAAGCCAGUCGGACUUUUGCGAGACGGACUUCAUUCUUUUUGGCACCGCACUGGCAGUCUGGCGUAUUAUAGGUGCCAAACUUUCCACGGCUGGACGCGCUACUGAACAAAGUAGCGCUAUCCCAGCCUGUAGAAAAAGAAUUGAAGAACGUAUCACAAAGGCUAGAGCCCUCAUCGGCAGACUGAUAUGCUUCAGGUCAAGUAAAAACAGGCCAAGGAUUGUGCGCACUGUCGGGAUGGCGUUUGCAGGGACAAAUAUCAGUAUGUUUGAAAUAUGGUGGGCGUGA